AUGGCGACCUUAGCAGCCUCGAUAUUCUUGUACGCGGUGAUGAUAUUGUUGGUAUUAUUGAUUGGGAAACUGCUGGUUGGUAUCCAUCCUUAUUGGGAAUACACCACUGCCUACCAAGUCAACCCACAAAACUCUUUCUGGGUCAACGAGAUUGACAAAUUCCUGCAACAAAUGCCCGAAGAGGAGCUGGCGAUGGAACGGAUCCGUCAAAAAUACUUUGGAGAUGUCUGA